GGGGGGAGUGUCGUUACCAAAAGGAAGAGGCCCAGAGACAGGGUGGGCAGAACUAAUGGUGGCCCAGAGGGGCUGGCCUCUGUCUAAGUAGGUGAUGUCCAGCUACACCAGGCUUCCCUCCCACACUGGGGACCCGGGGAGAAGAUUCCCAUGGUGGGUCCCGCACAUCUCACUCUCCAUUUCUGAUGUGUUGGGCCAGGCAUGGCCAUGGGAGAGACAUGCUUGCUUUGCAGGCAGCCCUCUUUCCUCACUGCCCCACCUCAGUCCACUUAUUCUGAGGAGUGGUAUCCUUGUUUUAGCUACAUAUUCAGAGGAAAAAAAUAACUCUCUAGCCAGAAGUCUCUGUUUUUUCAUGGUAGAAGGGAAAACCUCUUUCCCUCCUUAAUUUAUAACCGAUUUGACAGGCACUUGGGGACAUUUGCCAAUAAAGGCAAGGCAGUGCUGACUUAGGUUUGGUUGAGGGUGUUACCCACCUCAUCUCCAGGCUCCAGGUAGCCAGCAGGUUUAUGGAACACCUCUUAUAUACAAUCACAUCUAUAGUCAGCCUGAUCUUAGGAAGCUGACCCCAGGCCAGGAUGAGCUGGGGACUCAGAGAUGGGUUGCAGGUAGCAAGUCUCUGGGCUGUGGCCUGGCCAGCCACAGGGACACAGAGCUCUCUCACCCCUGAUCUUACCUCUGGGAGAAGAGAGUAUGAACUAAGCCUCCCACCCCCAUACCACCACAGAGACAGCAAAGCCUGAUGGCAAUCUGCCCAUGUCCCCCAGUAGACACAUGCACCCCUGACGUCCCAGGGUGGCCCCAGAGAGACAGUUCAUGCCCUUCUCAGCCCUGCAACCUCACACCACGUUCCUGAACCUCACUAGGUCUCAGGCCUCUGAGCUUGAAAGAGGAGACUCAUCUCAGUUGGUAGAAUUGUCCACAGACUAAUGAGAUUGUUGCUAUAAAAAUUGCAGUGCACGGUAGACACUCAAUAAAUAUGAGUUUCCUUCCCAAAAAUGUGAAUCAAGUUCAAAGGAGCAGCCCCUGGAGUGGUAGGAGAUAGAGCCCCUGGUGUGAGAGUCAAGAAAUUAAAGUAGCAAAGGGGCCUCAGGAAAGGGGGAAGCAAGUGCUAACUGCCCCCAAUAUUUAUUCCCUUUCUUCCUUUUAAUAAUAUCACAUCAAGUUCUAGCUGGGCACCUAGCUACCCAGUGCAGGACUGCACCUCCCAGUUUCCUUUGCAUCUGCAGUGGCAUGACAUUAAGGUCUGGCCAGUGAAGUAUAAUCAGAAGUAGUAUAUGAAGUUUUGGGUUGUGCAUUUCAGAGAAUGGAGGCAUCCUUCACUUCUCUUCUUUCCUGUCUGAUGGCUGGAAUGUGGUCGUGAUGACCAGAGCUGCAGCAGCUAUAUUGUAUCAUGAGGUGCAGUCCGUGGGCAGAGAACAGCACAGCAUCAGACGAGAAGGAGACUGCAGAUCCUCUAUGCUGCCUUCCUGUCCUGCACAACUUGCACUUGAAGAGUCUCAUGAGAGCAUGACUUCAUGGUUUCUUGUUUAAGCCACUGUUAUUUUGGAAUUAUAGCUGGUUUCUUCACUAACACAGAGGGCUUCCAUGUUGCAGCCUAGGAUCCGGACUCAGGAAGAUUUAGUACAGGUCCUUUCUGAACUUUAGUGUCUUCAUGUAUAAAUAAGAUAGCGAAUAUAAAAUAUGUACAUGGACGUAGAACGUGGCAGCUAUUACCGUAUCUACCCUGCCCUCUAUGCAUUUGUUGACUAAUGUCACAAAUGUCCUGAUGCUACAGGGGCUAGAGUUACACAAAACAAGACACCCUAUCACUGCUUCAAAAAGUUUAGAAUGUAAUCUUCAGACCUAUGAGAAAGUUUACAUGUAGGAUGCCCCCAUUCAAUGUUCAAAGAUGGUAAAACAGUUGUCAGCAGAAAUUUAAAUUCCCUACAGACCUCAAUAAGCGUCAAAUAAGUACACCAAGCAGCCCGCCCUCUCUCCAGCAUCUGAUGCUCACAGUUAUCAUUUCCCUGUAAAAAGGCAAUGCUCUAGAAGAAUUUUUAGAUCUGCAGUGCAUUUUAGAACUUCUUCCCCUCCAAAUGCAAAACUCUAUCCUGGCACAGCCUGGGAGCAGGGUUUCACAUGAAGCUCAUGGGAAUGUUUGUAUCUCCAAGUUUUUCUCUAUUUCUCAAUUCUUGGAAAUUUCCCACAAUGUGAUCAAAAUUGCUGCCCCUGUGUGUGCCAGCACCAUGUGCCUCUUUGCCUCAUCUCGCCUCCUGCUCUAACGUGGUUCCUGCAGAUGGUUCUCAGGUCUCCAUUCAGCCAGGCUGGGCUCUGGCACUGGGGUUCCACAGCAAUGGGUGCUGAGCCCCUACUGUGUGCCAGGCACUGUGCUAUGCACCAGGGAUACCACCAGAACAAGUCGAACACAGCCCUGCCUACCCCCAGGGCCCUUCAGAGCUCAGGGGCUAGUGUGGACGAGUGGGAACUUAGGGUGUUGGAGGUCCCAGGGGCUGCUGGAGCCAGAGGAGAGGACCCUAACCUCCUAAGGGGUCAGCGAGGGCUUUUCUGAGCUACACUGAGGCCAAAACGAUGAGUGGGAAACAGUCCAGAGAAGGUAGGUGGGGGGUAAAGAAGGGCCUUCUAGGCAGUGGAUCAGUUAGCUUAUGCUGCACGACAAACAACCCCAAACCUCAUGGUUUAAAACAACACACCAUUGUUGUUUUGUGACUGUGAGUCAGCCAGGUGGUUCUGCUGAUCUGGACUCAACUUGGUUGAUCUCUGCAGAUCUCUAAAGCAUCCAUGGUCACCUGGAGGUUUGGCUGUUUGACCAGCUGUAGGCUGGGUGGCAGGGGUGACUGAGCUGCGAAGCUCUGAGCUCCAGUGGGCUAGCCAGGAUUGGGACUGCCAUGGCAUCACUUCCACCGUAUCCUGUUGGUCAAAGCAAGUCACAAGGCCAGCUCAUAUUUAGUAUAUGUGCUGCCGAAGCGAGCACAGCCAGCUCAUAUUUAAAGAGUGUGAGAGGAGCUGCAAAGUUGCAUGCAAAUGGACAUGGAUAUGGGCACGGGUGAGAAAUUGGGAACAUUUUUGCAUCCAUCUAACACACACACAAAGGAAACACAGAAGAAAGCCCAGCUCUCAACAUCUAGCCCAUUCCAAGAGUCACAGAGGUUGGACUGUGGGUCUCUAGGGAGAAAGGGGCUCCAUAAGCAGGACAAAAGAGGUCAAGCCUCCACACAUAGACAGUAGGGAGCUAUGAAGGGUGCUAGGCAGGAGAAGAGUGAUCUCUGAUUUCACUUUAGAACACUUUGAUGGCCAUCACCUCCCUCAAUCCAGACUCUGGUGCUGGAGAGUCCCUGGAAAAAUCCCAACAAUAAAGGAAGGAAGGAAGGAAGGAAGGAAGAAUGGAAGUUUGUUUUAAACCUGUCCCUCCAACUCCGACACCCUCCUCAGAGGUAACCAAUGCUAUUACCUUGGUGUGAAUCCUUUCAGACCUUCUUCUAUGCCUUCACUUGCAUGCACACUCGCACACACACAUAUACUUGCACAGACACAAAUUCUUUCUUCUCAGAAAGGGAGCGCAUAUUCCAUGGACACAUUGUGGUUCAUUUUCAUUCAUUCAUUCAUCUAUUUAUUUAUGUAUUUUCUUCUUUCCUUCUGUCUCUAUGCCCAAUAUGGAGCUCAGACUCACAACCCCAAGAUCACAAGUUGCAUAUGCUCUACUGACUGAGCCAGUCAGGAGCCCCUCUGGUUCGUUCAUUUUCACUGCUCUACACUACUCCACCAUGUGACUAGACCACAGUUUAUUUGUCUGCCUUUCUUUUGGUGGGUAGUUAGGUUGUUUUGAAUUUUUGCUGGGAUUGCAGCAAGGAUCUUUAUUGGUGUAAGGGUUUCUCUCAGAUUUAUACCCACAGUGCCAUGGGGGGUGUGAAUCUAUCUUUAGUUAUGUUCGAUGUCACUGCAUUGCUUUCUAGAGUGGCUACCAGCUUACCCUCCCAGUGGCUAUGUGUUUCUUCAUGUGCUGGACACUCAGCAUCUAUAGAUCUAAUUUAAAUACCUGUCAUUCUACCAGGUGUGCAAUAACCACCUCAUCCUUGUUUUAAUUCACCUCAUCAUUUCAAAUGGCUGCAGAGUUUUCUGCAGAAGGGAGUAGUUCAGUCAAGCCUCCAGUGAUUCAUGUGGAAGUUCUCUUUUUUUUUUUUUCUUUUCUAAAUAAUGUAGCAAUUGUUUCUUUUCUGACUACUGCACUUCUAGGACAGAGAAGUGCAAUUGCUGAGUUCAAGGGAAUACCUUUCCAAAGCAGACUGCACCCCAAUUUACACCCUUAGCAGAGGCACUGAGGGCCAGGCUCCCUGCAUCCUUGCCUACGCUGUCUUCAAUUUUAGUCAAUUUGAUGGGGAGCUAGUAUCUCAUCAUUGUUUCAAUUUGAAUUUUCCUGAAUGCCAAGGAGGUCGAGAAUAUUUUCUUGGGUUUAUUAUCAGCCUUUCCGGUGAAUUGCCUAUUCAUAUUCUUUGUCCAUUUUAUCAAUGGUUAUCCUUAUUUGUGGAGACUUGCUAGGCAAUUUUAUUUAAAAAUUGCUCAUUCAUCCCUUAAAAAUUCUUUCUUAUAAAACAAAACAAAAUAAAACAAAACAAAAGGAGGCCACAGGUUGAUUUGGGGGUGUCAGCUCCAGGCAAACCCCACCAGUGGGCCUCCAACUUCUUGAGAAACCAAGGCCAGCAGUGGCCUGGGAACAGGAGCAGCCCUGGGGCAGGUGGGAUUGGAGGCCUCAGUGGUCACCUCCCCAACCCAGGUGUGCCCAGUUCCCCAUCAGCAUCUCCAGGCACCGUGGAGUCAGAGGGUGCAGGAGGGAUCAAGCAUCUGAGCACCCAUCAUUUUGCCAUGGGACCUGAGACGCAGAGAAGUCAACUGACUCAUAUGAGGUCACCCAGGAGUGGGUGGCUCAGCUGGGGUGUCAGCACACAGGCAGGGUUGCAAUGCCCCAUCCCAGCCCUCCUGCCCCAAUCAGCAGCUCAGAGCCUCCCAGCCCAAUCAGGGGCUAAUUGGAGUGGUGGGGCCAGGCUGUGGAUAUAUAAGAGGAGUGGGCAGGCCUGGCAGCCUCAUGCCUGGGGAGGGGGUCAACUACCUGCAUCUGUGUCUGCAUCUACCCGUGCAAUGGCUCCUGGGAGCAUUGCCUCCAGUGACACCUCCACCUCUUCAGCAUCCUUGACCUCCGCAGUGGGGUCAUCUGGGCUGUCUGAGUCUGAAAAGCCAGGCCCGAGCCAUAGUGGCAUCCGAGGGCCACGCCGUCACCCUCCCGUGCUGCGCAUGGUUCUGGAGGCGCUGCAGGCCGGAGAGCAGCGCCGGGGCACCUCGGUGGCGGCCAUCAAGGUUUACAUCCUGCAGAAGUACCCAACGGUGGAUGUCCUCCGGCUCAAGUACCUGCUGAAGCAGGCCCUGGCCACCGGCAUGCACCGUGGCCUCCUGGUCAGGCCCACCAACUCCAAGGCCAGGGGGGCCACUGGCAGCUUCAAAUUAGUUCCCAAGCACAAAAGGAAAGCCCAAUCUAGGAAGACAUCCGCCAUGACAGCCCCCAGGAAACCCAGUGAGGCCAAGGAGAAGGGUCCCAAAAAACCAAGGGAGGCAAAGAAGGACCCUCCCAACCCAGGCGAGGUGAAAAGGGGACCCAAGAAGCCAAGAGAGGCGAGGACAGGUCCUACCAAACUGGAUGCAGCCAAGGAGAAGGCUCCCAAGAAGGGCAGCCAGACCAAAGACCAAGAGGCAAGACUGAGUGAGGCCAAGAAGGCCUCCCAACAGCCAGACAAGGCCACGCAGGACCUUCCCAGUGCCACUGGCCCAAGAGGAAAGUCAAAGGUCAAAGGCAGAAGGAGCAACCAAGAUGGUGAGGCCCACAGGAAAACAAAAGCUGGGAGUCAGAAUUCAAAAUCAACGGUCCCCAAGGACAAGAAUAGUGUUGCUUCUCCAGCCAAAAAGAAAGAAAACAAGGUCCUUAAAGAAGUUGUUGCCUGUGGGGCCAAGGUGGGGCCCAAAGCCAAGGCCACUGCUCCUCCUAGGGCCAGUGGGUCUAAGACAGUGCCUGCACCCCUGGCCAGGAAGACGGGGGCCCCCAAGGGCCCGAGAAAGCCCUGCAUGCCCACCAAGGCCUCGUCGUCCAAACUGGCCAGUAAGAAAACAGAAGCUGAAAGCUAGAGCUGGGGUGGAGAGAGACUGAGAUUCUGCUCAAGUUUUUAUUUCCCAAAAAACCAUUACUGUAUUUAUUUCAUUGUAACCUAUUUAUCAAUAAAGGUGUUUUUCCCCUCACAAAUUGGUGUGAGGAGAGGCUGAA